GAGAGGGCACUCUGAGAGCUCGCCAUGGAGGAGUUCCUCAGGCUCUCUCUGGGGAUCUUGCUCUGCCUGGCUCUGGCCCAGGGGGGCAUGGAUGCUUGCUAUGAUGAGCGAGGGCGCCCUCAGCGUUGCCUGCCUGUGUUUGAGAAUGCAGCCUUUGGCCGCCAGGCCCAGGUGACCAACACCUGUGGCUCGCCACCCGAGGAGUACUGCCUCCAGAUGGGCGCCCCUGGAGACACCCAGCUGUGCCAUCGCUGCGACGCCCGCCACCCGGACCACAGCCACAAUGCCUCCUACCUGACGGAUUUCCACAGCCAGGAGGAGAGCACCUGGUGGCAGAGCCAGUCCAUGGCCUUCGGGGUCCAGUACCCCAACUCGGUCAAUAUCACCCUGCAGCUGGGAAAAGCAUAUGAGAUCACCUAUGUGAGGCUGAAGUUCCACACCAGCCGUCCUGAGAGUUUUGCCAUCUACAAACGCAGCUGGGCUGGGGGUCCCUGGGUGCCAUAUCAGUAUUACAGUGCUUCCUGUGAGAAGACCUACGGCAAGCGGGAGGGCCAGUACCUCCGGCCCGGGGAGGAUGAGAGGGUGGCCUUCUGCACUGAUGAGUUCAGCGACAUCUCUCCACUGAGUGGAGGCAACGUAGCCUUUUCCACCCUGGAAGGCCGGCCCAGUGCCUACAGCUUUGAUGAGAGUCCCAUCCUGCAGGAAUGGGUAACCAGCACAGACCUACUCAUCUCCCUGAACCGGCUCAACACAUUUGGGGAUGACAUCUUUAAGGACCCUAAGGUGUUACAGUCCUACUAUUACGCCAUCACUGACUUUUCUGUGGGGGGCAGGUGCAAGUGUAACGGGCAUGCUAGUGAAUGUGUACUUGAUGAAGGAGGCCAGCUAGUCUGCAGUUGCCAGCACAACACUACAGGAACGGACUGUGAGAAAUGCCUCCCCUUCUACCAAGAUCGGCCCUGGGCUCGGGGCACAGCGGAGGCUGCCAAUGAGUGUCUGCCCUGCAAUUGCAGUGGCCUCUCUGAAGAAUGUUUUUAUGAUUGGGAGCUGUAUCGGAGCACUGGUCAUGGGGGUCACUGCCAGAACUGUCGGGACCACACUGCUGGACCCCACUGUGAGCAUUGCCAAGAGAACUUCUAUCGCUGGGAUCAGCAGCAACCAUGUCAGCCCUGUGAUUGCCAUCCAGCUGGAUCUCUUAGCUUACAGUGUGACAACUCGGGCACCUGUGAGUGUAAACCCAGUGUAACUGGUUGGAAGUGUGAUCGCUGCCUGACAGGAUUCCAUUCUCUUAGUGAAGGUGGAUGCAGAGCCUGUGCCUGCAAUGCUGCCGGCAGCUUAGGACCUUGUGAUUCCAGAAACGGGAGAUGCCCCUGCAAGGACAAGGUGGAAGGCUACUUAUGUGAUAGAUGCCAACCUGGGACAUUUAACCUGCAGCCCCAUAAUCCUUCCGGUUGCACCAGCUGCUUCUGUUAUGGCCACUCCAUGGUGUGUGCAGCUUCCACCCAUUAUGGUAUACGCUAUAUCAUCUCUGACUUCUACCAGGGAGCUGAAGGCUGGCAAAUCAGAGGUCCAGGGGGCAGAGAGAAGCCUGCACAGUGGAGCCAGCGUGGAAUUUUCCUGGAACCACAGGGAGAGGAGCUAUGGGACUUUGUUGCACCAGAGAAAUUCCUGGGAGACCAGCGCUUCAGCUAUGGGCAGCCCCUUUCUCUGACCUUCCGGGUCCCACCUGGGGGCUCUCUCCUCCCUGUCCGGCUGAAGUUGGAAGGGGCAGGACUAACCCUGUUUCUGAAACCCUCCAGCCCAACAAGCUCCCAACAACCUGGCCGGCCUGAGGAAUACCUGCUAGUGUUCAGCUUGCAGGAGACCUCAGAGGACACAAAUCUCCCGCUCCCUGCCUUUCACUUCCAGAGGCUCUUGGCCAACCUGACAGGACUCCAGAUUGAAAUCACAGGUCCUGGAGGCAGGCAUCCCACAGGUCAAAUGACCCUGACUGAGGUCCAGCUCACGUCAGCAGGCCCUGGUCUGUCCCCGCUAGCCCCCUGGGUAGAGGAGUGCACGUGUCCCAAGGGAUACAUGGGGCAGUUCUGUGAAUCCUGCUCUCUGGGGUACAAGAGGGAAACACCAUUGGGCGGGCCUUAUGCCAGCUGUGUCCCCUGCACCUGUAAUCAACAUGGCACCUGUGAUCCUGAAACAGGGAUUUGUCAGUGCCUGCACCACACAGAAGGCCCCUACUGUGAGCGAUGCACACCUGGUUUCUACGGCAACCCCUUUUUGGGUCAUGUGGAUGACUGCAAGCCCUGUCCUUGUCCUGGUCAAUCAGCUUGUACAACCAUCCCAGAGAGUGGAGAGGUGGUGUGUACCCAUUGCCCUAAGGGCCAGAGAGGACGUCUGUGUGAGAUAUGUGAUGAUGGCUUUUUCGGGGACCCCUUGGGAAGAUCUGGCCCUCGCCAACCCUGCCAGCGAUGCCAGUGCAAUGGGAAUGUGGACCCCAAUGCUGUGGGCAACUGUGACCCCGCAACAGGCCACUGUUUGCGCUGCUUAUACAACACGACAGGUGCCCACUGUGAGCAGUGCCAAGAGGGUUUCUACGGGAGUGCUCUGGCCCCACACCCUCUAGACAAAUGCACCCCCUGCAGCUGUAACCCAUCAGGCUCAGCCAGAGAGCAGGGGGUUUGCGACCCCAGGACAGGCCAGUGUUCAUGCCUCCCCCACGUGACCGGACGAGACUGUAGUCACUGUAGCCCUGGUUUCUAUGAUCUCCAGCCAGAGAGGGGCUGCCGGAGCUGCAAGUGCCAUCCUGUAGGCUCUCAGGAGAACCAGUGCCACCCCGUGACUGGGCAGUGCCCUUGCCUUCCUGGGGUCAGUGGAGUGGCAUGCACCCACUGCCAACCUGAUUUCUUUGGCUUCUCUGCCAAGGGCUGCCGAGCCUGUAACUGUUCCCCACUGGGCUCUGUCACCACCCAGUGCCACGAGAACAGCACUUGUGUGUGCAAGCCAGGCUUCGUGGGCUACAAGUGUGAUCACUGCAAGGAGAACUUUUUCCUCACUGCUGAGGGAUCUCAGUGCCAGGAGUGCCCCAUUUGCUUCUCCCUAGUGAAGAAAGAGGCCACCAAACUCAAGGCCACGCUAACAAUGCUGGAACAGUGGCUGCAAAAAUCUGACUGUGACAGUCCCUGGAGGAAUUAUAUCUUGCUGGGAGAGUCAACAAGAGGAGAUGCCUACCAGGGAAGUUAUUUGCUUCAAGGCACCAGAGAAGCCUUCCUGGAGCAAAUGGAAGAACUGGAAAGUUCCAUGAGGGCUGCCCGGCAUCAGCUGGGGACAGCAAGCGAGAGCGUGAACUGUGCCAAAAAUAGUUUGGAGAAGACCUGCAUCCAACUGGCGGAUAUCGAGGCUCUGCUGCUAUCAACCGAGCUGGAGAUUCAGCAGGCAUCUGGAGCCCUCAGGACGAUGGUAAUUCCUCAAGAAGUACCCCACCAGCUCACCAAUUGGAGUCGUCUAAGCUCUGAGUCUCAGGCUCUGGCCAAGAGUCAUAGAGACACAGCCACUAAGAUAGAGGCAGCUGCACAGAAGGCUCUGCUGGCUUCCAAUACCAGUUACACUCUUCUAUGGAGUCUUGUGGAGGGAACGGAUGCCCAGAAGAUCCAGCGUGAGCUAGAGGACAGAUACCAGGAGGUGCAGAGGGCCCAGGAGGAGCUCAGAACAUCCACAGUCCAGGCAGUCAAAGAAGCCAAGAGCGUAUUAGCAUCUGUUCAGCAUGUCAGCUCUGAGAGGGCUCAGCACCUAGCAAAGCUCUCCACUCCUGAAAUACUGCCUCUCACACACCUUGCCAGGGACCUGGACAGAAAAUUACAGGAUCUAGAGAAGACAGUGGCUUCUAGGGAGCAAGUGUUCACCAGAGCAGCCCAGGAUCUCUUGGCUACUUCCCAGGGAGAGUUCCAGAAGAUCCAGCCCUUUCAGCAGCUCCACGACAGGGCUGAUGCUGCCCUCACCCUGGCCACCUCAUCCAUUGCCAAAGCCAGAGUCACGGCCAGGGAUUCCAAGACUUUGCUGGCCGAUCUGGAAGAAAUGAGAAAAACAUUUCCACAGCCAAAGGACCAGGCUUCUCUAAGAAGAAAGGCAAGGAUCAUUCAAGACAGACUCAUUGGUGACAGCCAGAAGAAGACUAAGCAGGCAGAAAGGAUGCUAGGAAAUGCUGCUUCUGUCUCUGCCACAGCUAAGAAGAAGGCCACGGAAGCUGAACUACUGGCUAAAGAGAGUACAAAGCAUUCCAAAGCCUUGCUGAGGGAAAGUAAACAGCAAUACCGACAAGCAGUCAAACUUGCCAACCAAGCACAAGGAACCCUGCGAGACAUCUCCAGGCAGGUGAUGGUGUCCAAGGAACGAAGGAAGGAGAUGGAGAAACUUGAAUGGGUAGGGACUGGGUUGAACAAGGUGGAAAGAAACAUAAGGGAAGCUCGGAUCUCCUUGGAGAUGGACAUCAAGACCUUGUCUGUCCUGCUUACUAGAUUGGGAAAGCUGGAUACCCACCAAGCUCUAGCUUCAGCCCUGAAUGAGACUGAGCAGAAGCUGGAGCCACUGAGGCAGCGCCUGGACGGGCAGGGGCCCCUGCAGGAUAAACUGAGCCUGCUAGAGCAGGAGGCAGAGCAGCAGGAACUCCAGAUCCAAGACUUGGAGAGCGACCUCAGGGAAAUCCAGGCAGACAAGCAGAACCUGGAGGACAUUCUGCACAGCCUGCCUGAGGGCUGUGCCAGCUGGCAGUGAGAAGCCAGCCCCGGGGGGGCCACACCACGCCCAAACCCCUGAGGGCACACGCAGCUUCAGUGCAUGCACAGGGGACCCCAAUGUGUGUACACGGCCAUGCCGGCACGCGGGCACCAUGCCCACCCUCACCACACUGCGCACACACGCUGACAUCUGUACAACCAUCCCCGUCCACAAGGGUCUCUCCAGCCCACCGCCAUGUGGGCAGGCCAAAACUCAGAGAAAUGGGUGGUGCACCCAUAGCAACACGUCACGGGCCCAUCCUGCUGAGUACAUUCACUGCCAUACUACUGCGUGCAUGUAUAUGUACUUUUUGGUGUACAGACAGACACCAACAUGUGCUUCUAUAAAUAAUCAGCCGUGCACACA